AUGAUAGAGGCACCACAGGGAAAGCGGUUCACCCCGGUGACCAGUAGUCUGCGCUGGCAGAGCUUGAAAAGGCUUGCCUGUGGAUGCCAGGGCGACUACAUAUCUGCUGCCAGCGACUCCUCCUCUUUGCGUCUUCGGCAGGCAAAGGUGAAGGAUGUGGACCCACUGGAGGCUAUGCAAGUUGGUCGGCAUGUGCUUUACUACAACCCAAAAGCCAGACGCUUUGAAAGCCGGGUGGUAAAGAUCGAUGAACAGCUCAGCUUCCUCUUCGUACUGCAGGAAGGGACUCUGAAGGAGCCUUUCGCUGCACGGCUCUACGAGGUGGACGAGGUGGUGACAUCAACUCGGGCCAUGCAGAUUUGCGAGGAGCUGGAUCUGAGUGACGAGUACUUGAUGGAAUCCACUGCUGUCGUCGUAACACAUACGCGAAGCGCGAAAGACAGAGAGAAUCUCCUGAACCAUGACAAGGUGAUGGUCUUCGUGGCCCCACCUGCAAUGAAGCUCGUUGCUCACAUUGCUGCCUGCGUGGAGCUCUCCAAGCUGAAGUUCUCCGCCGGAGCUGAUGACGAAGAAGGUGUCAGGCUGAAAGAUACCGGGCGCUAUCUCGAUGCAGCUCGCAUUGGAAACUGCGCCGCAAUUUUCUUUCACUACUCCACCGGCGUUGAGUUAGAGUUCACGCUUCGUCCGGCUGACAGCGUCGAGGAGAGACAGGACUACGAAAGCAAGAUGCCCAUCACUCACAUGAUCUCGUUCCCCAUAGAGUACGCUGGUGUGAAGAUCGAAAUCAACAAGCUGCUGGACAGGCUUGGUAUUCUUCCGGCUCUUGACUUGACACGUCUCAGCUUGGUGAUGUACGAGAUGGUGAUUCACAGACACUGGAUCCACCCUCACAUGAAACUAUUUCCCGGAGGCAUGUACGAGUUCAUGCAUGACAGGAACGGGCUGCACGCGCACUUCAACGUAAGUGCUGAGGUGCAAAGCCAGAUCUUAGAAGUUCCGCAGCCGCCUCGGCGCCAGAUGGAUGUGCACUACUACUCCAGCAAAGCAUUGCAAGCCACCACCUUGGCUUUGAAGCAUCUUCUUUCUCUGGAAACUGUCUUUCAGGCAGCAGACAAGAGAAAGGUUUCAGAAUCACCGGAGGACGUCACACAGGGAGUGCAGAUCUUCUGCAGAAGCAGCAGAAGGCCUGAUGAUGAGGACUUUUCCCAGAUUGAUGAAGAGUCAUACUCAGAUGAGGAGCUUUCCGAAACAUGGAAAGACCCCUGCCGGAGAAGUUCGGGUGGAGUCGUGCUGGAUGUAUCCACAGAGCCACCUGAGUUUGAGGAUGAUAGCGAUGUAGACGACUUUGCCUUCGCUGUCGGACUGGAACCUGAGCAUGUGGACGUCUUUUGCCAGUCCGCAUUGGACAAGUGUGGAGCCUGCCCAAGAUCCGCAAAAGCCUACACCACCCACAAGGUUGAGAGGGAGCUGUCUGAAUUAUGCCGUCUGCUGGAGCACAAGGCAGCCUCUCUGGCUUCCACAUAUGACCCAGAUCCGGAUGACACAUCAAGCUCCAAGCAUACAACUUCCGAGGACGGAGAUUGGGAAGGAGAUCCUGCGAGUUUUCUGGCACCGAUUCAGCCAGAGGUCAGCACAGAAAGUGUUACGACGAUAUCUGGGUCUGCUGUCGUUGCCACCAGAGCCGAGAGGGAACGCGAAGCAGAUCCCGAUGCGAGCAGGCUGAAGAAGCCAGGGUUCAUGGUGUCUUAG